AUGGAUUACUUUAGCAUCAAUGGUCACGCGAAUAGUCUUCCACUAAGUGUGUCAGUAACUCCUUCCUUAGCUAUCACGCCCCUGGGUCUGGUCAUUGCGAUACCCCGCUGCAAAUUGCCCUAUCAACAUCAAAUCUCUAGACAGGGAGAAUUCCAUUAUCAAUCUUCGAUUUAUUUGAAAAUACCCAAAAAAAUGUCCCCACUAAUAGAAACCGCACCGCCAAAUACGAAAGAAUGUUUCGACCAGUCAUCUUUAGGAGAUCCCAAAACUCCGUCUCAGUCCCAGUGUCAAGCACAAUCUCAAAACCAAUCUGAAUGCGAUUGCACAGAGAAAAAAGAUGUAUCAAACAUUUCAGCACCGACCGACCCCGAAACAGGGCAACAGAGCCGGAAGGGAAAGCCUCUGUCAUUCUAUCUUGCAUUUAUAGCUUUGCUAUUAAUGGUAUUUUUGGUGUCCCUGGAUGCCACCACGUUGGCCGUGGCAAUCCCGGCCAUCAUCGAUGAACUUUCCGGCACGACUUUGACCGCGUUUUGGGCCAACAUCUCUUUACAGUAG